UUUGCCGACAAUUCUCGAGAUGUCGUCCGUCAAGUUGUUAGAAGAGAGAAUUGCUAAUUUAGAGAAACAAGUAUAUGGACUUGGUAAGACGAUGAAUAUUGAUGAUCCUGCACCGCCAAACGCUAUCAUCGAUCGACUCACAGACAUCAAUUCAUUAAUCAGCUCAGCAUUAUCAGGCAGAGAAAAACCAAAUGCACUUAUCAAACGUUUGCCGGAGUUAAAUGGCUAUUUGGAGCCUACUUGUGAAGAUGUUGACAUGCCCACCAAUGCUAAAGCACAGCUGUUGUUGACAAUGGAGCCAGAGAUUAUGGAGAACCAUAAGCUGUUAAACAAAGUACAGGAACUCAUGCCUGUGUUAGAAUCAGAACGUAUCAAAGAUGCGCCCGAAUUAAAUAAUACACUUAACAAACUGUCACUGUCGUAUCUCGAAGUUUACAAAGAUUCCAAAGAGUUGGAUGCUCAUGUACAUGAUCUGCUGUCUAAAUAUAAUGCAGUUAUAAAUAGUAUAUCAGAAUCAUUAAUUAUUUUAGAUAAUGCAAUUAUAGCUGCAGAAGUAGCAGCUAAGCCGAAGAAACAGACAGAUAAUUAACGAGAUAAUUGUUUGGUUUAUUUAAAUAUCGAUUAAUUCAUAUUAUGUUUUAAUGAAUACAUGUUAAUA